AUGCCUCCCGAAAUACCCAGCAGCAUGAAAUGCCUUAUUAACAUGAACAUCUCUGUUUCUGAAGCCAGAGUCCAGAACGCCUCCGUCUCAUUCAAUCUCUCAAUCCCAUCUCAAGAUACCUCCACUACAUCAUCUACCGAUCUUGUCGGCGGCAUUUGUGGCCGGCCAGCACAACUCGAAGCGCCAGCCAGUGGAACAAGCGAUAUGGUGAUGUCAUCCGGACAUGUCGUACAGCGAAAACGAGCACGAUUAUCAAGCCCUGAGCUAGGAAGUGAUGCCGAAAUCGACGCCCAGUGGCAUGAGCAUAUCUACGAUGCCAUGAUUUUAUUGGAGCUUGUUAAGCCGGACUCGGAGAAACAUGAUGUUAUUUUCAAUACUUUCCUCGAGGUUAUCUCUAGGGUCGGUAUAGCCGAUAUUAAGCGUAUAAAAAGCUUUAUCCUAGAGGACUGUGAAUGGUAUCAGCCCGGUACAUGGAUAUGUUUGAAGGACACAUUCUUGAGACUUUCACGUGCAUGUCUAUUGGACAAUGAAGAGUGCAACUGCAUAAGUUCAUUAAUCUACAAGCGUCCCUGUCUCUAUCUCAAGAAGGUAGAUGGUGGUUUAGCGGUGGUUCGUGUAGGGCCCCAGAAAUAA